AUGGCGGCGCGGCCAUUGCCGCUCGCUGAUUGGUCGGGUCGAGGAUUGACAGGAGGAGAGACGGCCAAUCAGAGGGCGGGUUGUUGCGGGGUGGGGAGAGGGGCAGAGCCGAAGCCGCGGGAACGACGGAGAGGCCGGAGCGAUGUCCCUGCCGGAGAGACGCUGCUGGUGCUGGAGCACCGCUACGUGUGCUCCGAGUGCUCCCACCAGUCCCCCUCUCUGGAGGAGGCCCUGCUGCACCACCAGCACCACCUGGGGCCCCCCCCGGGCGCCCCCCCUGCCCCGGGGGCGCCCCCAGGAGCCCCCCGAGCCCACCUGGAGCUGCUGGCGGAGCCCGAGCCCAGCCAGUACCAGUGCCUGGAGUGCGGGGCCCUGCUGGUGACGCCGGGGCAGCUGCUCGAGCACCAGGAGCUGCACCUCAAGCUGCUGGGGGCCGAGCCGGGCGCCAAGGCCGCCGGUGCCACCACCAGUGUCACCAACAAUGUCACCAACAACCUCACCAACGUCACCGGCGGCGCCGCCGGCAUCCACUUCGAGUGCCCCGAGUGCCGCGCGCUCUUCCAGAGCCAGGACGCGUGGCUGGCGCACCGGCAGGGCCACCGCGCCCAGGGACACGCCCAGGGGCAGGGCCACCGCGCCCAGGGACACGCCCAGGGACACACCCAGGGACACACCCAGGGCCAGGGCCACGCCCAGAACCACGCCCAGGGGCAGGGCCAGGCGCGGGUGGACGUGGAGCACUCGUACCGCAAGCCCGAGGACGGCGCCGAGCCCGGGCCGGAGGCGCUGCCGGUGCCGCUGGCGGUGCUGCCGGUGCCGCUGCCGGGGGGCGGAGGGGGGGGCUCGGCGAGGGCGGCCAGCGCUGCAGCUGCUGCUCUACGAGUGCGGGGAGUGCCUGCAGCUCUUCCAGAGCCCCAAGGACUUCCUGGAGCACCAGCGGCGGUGCCGGAGCCGGCGCGCCCGGCGGAGCCGCCGGAGUUCCGGUGCCCCGAGUGCCGGCAGCCGCUGCCGUCGGCGCGGGCGCUGCGCUCCCACCUGCGCUGCCACCGCCUGGGCCGCUGGCAGUGCCCGCUGUGCAGCCGCGUCCUGCCCAGCCCCGCCGCGCUGCGCCAGCACCACGAGGCGCACGCCCGCGACUGCCGCUUCCUGUGCCUCGAGUGCGGCGCCGCGCUCGACACCGAGGCCGCGCUGGGCUCGCACCGGCGCGCCCACCACGGCGCCGCCGCCCCGCACCGCUGCGCCUGCGGCAAGGCCUUCGCCAGCAUGACCAAGUUCCUCUACCACCGCCGCUCCCACGGCGGGGCCGCGCCCGCCGCGCCGCCGGGACCCGCCGGAAGGGGCGGCCCCGGGCGAGGCGCCGGCGGAGCCGCUGCCCUGCGGGCUGUGCCCCAAGGCGUUCCCGGCGCGGCGGCGCUGGCGCGGCACCGGCGCUUCGUGCACCGGGCGGAGCGGCGGCACCGCUGCGGCGCCUGCGGCAAGAGCUUCAAGAAGUCGUCGCACCUGCGCAGCCACGCCCGCACCCACACGGGCGAGCGGCCCUUCCCGUGCCGCGAGUGCGGCCGCGGCUUCCACAGCCGCGCCAACCUGCGGCGGCACCGCCUGGUGCACUCGGGCGAGCGGCCCUUCGAGUGCGAGCUGUGCCGCAAGCGCUUCGCCCAGAGCUCCACGCUGCGCCAGCACCUGGCCGUGCACCUGCGGCGCCUCCCGCACCGCUGCGCCGACUGCGGCCUGCGCUUCCCGCGCCCGCACCGCCUGCGGCUGCACCGCGCCCUGCACGCCGGAGAGUACCCCUACAAGUGCCCGCAGUGCGGCCGCUCCUUCCUGCUGCGCCGCCUGCUCGACGUGCACCUGCUGGUGGGCCACGCCGGGGGGCAGCCCCUGCUGUGCCCGGGCUGCGGCGCCGCCUUCGCCUCGCCCGCCCGCCUGGCCGAGCACCGGUGCCGCGCCCGCGCCGGCCGCCGCUCCGAGUGCGGGGUGUGCGGGCGCAAGGCGGGCACGGCGCGCGGCUCCGCGCCUACGGCGCCUGCACCUGCCCCAGCGCCCCGGGACCCCAGGACCCCAGGACCCCCAGGACAAGGGGGACGAGCCCCGGAGGCGGCGCCGGGCCCGGCGCGGGCGCGGCCCAAGGGCCCCAAGAGCUUCGAGUGCGGCGAGUGCCGCAAGCUGUUCAGCACCGAGACCUCGCUGCAGGUGCACCGGCGCAUCCACACCGGCGAGCGGCCCUACCCCUGCCCCGACUGCGGCAAGGCCUUCCGCCAGUCCACACACCUCAAGGACCACCGGCGCCUGCACACCGGGGAGCGCCCCUUCCGCUGCCCCGACUGCGGCAAGAGCUUCGCCAUCGCCGUGCGCCUGGCCGAGCACCGGCGCAUCCACACCGGGGAGCGCCCCUACGGCUGCGCCCACUGCGGCAAGAGCUACCGCAGCUUCUCCAACCUCUGGAAGCACCGCAAGAGCCACCGCCACGAGGGCGUCCCGGGGGAGGGGAGCGGGGAGGGGGGCACCGGGAACCCCGGGACGGGGGCUGGGGGCGUCCUGGUGCAGGAGAACACCGGGAUGGGGUCUGGGAAUGUUGGGGUGGGGUCUGGGACCGUUCUGGUGCAGGAGAGCCCCGGGAUGGGGUCAGGGAAUGUUGGGGUGGGGUCAGGGAAUGUUCUAAUCCAGGAGAGCCCCGGGGUGGGGUCAGGAACCAUCCUGGUGCAGGAGAGCCCUGGGGUGGGGUCAGGGAAUGUUGGGAUGGGGUCAGGGAGCCUUGGAACGGGAUCUGGGACUGUUCUGAUCCAGGAGAGCCCUGGGAUGGGGUCUGGGACUGUCCUGGUGCAGGAGAACCCCGGCAUGGGGUCAGGGACUGUUCUGAUCCAGGAGAAUCCUGGGAUGGGGUCAGGGAACGUUGGAACAGGGUCAGGGAAUGUUGGGAUGGGAUCUGGGACUGUCCUGGUGCAGGGGGACCUCGGAGGGGUGUCUGGGGUUGUCCUGGUCCAGGAGACCCCCGGGGUGGCGUCAGGGACCGUCCUGGUCCAGGAGGGCCUGGAUUUGGGGUCAGGGACCCCCGGGGUGGGGGCAGGGACUGUCCUGGUCCAGGAGACCCCUGAGGUGGCCUCAGGGGCCGUCCUGGUCCAGGAGACCCCUGAGGUGGCCUCAGGGACCGUCCUGGUGCAGGAGGGGCUGGAUUUGGGGUCAGGGACCCCUGAGGGGGCCUCAGGGACCGUCCUGGUGCAGGAGGGGCUGGAUUUGGGGUCAGGGACCCCUGAGGGGGCCUCAGGGACAGUCCUGGUGCAGGAGGGCCUGGAUUUGGGGUCAGGGACCCCUGAGGGGGCCUCAGGGACCGUCCUGGUGCAGGAGGGGCUGGAUUUGGGGUCAGGGCCCCCCGGGAGGGGCUGAAGGAGGAGCCCCCCGGGGGUUGGGGGCUCCCUCCCGGGGGUCUCUGAGCCCCCCAGAGCAGCCUCGGCCCCCCCUGGGGACCCCCCAGAGCAGGAGCCCCUCGGGAUGGCCCCGGGACCCCCCCGGGGGGAGGGGGGGGUGUGAGGUAAGAGGGGGGGGCUCUCCCCUUUUUUGGGGUCCAGGGACCCCCCUGGGGUCACUUGGGACCCCCCAGAUCAAACCCUGUGGGGGUCUCAGGCCUUUCCUGGGGGUAUUUGGGAC